UCAUGGGCUAGGGAACAGUGAGCAGCCAGUGAAGCAUCCAGCCUGCCGAACAAGCUUGCUUUUAGGGUCAGGAACUGGUCUGACAAGAGAAUGGCAAUCCUGCCUUUAAACUGUCAUUAGGCCUGUACGGUUGACGAUGAAUCUACCAGAGCUCCGGGCUCAAAGGCGAAACACUGAGCAAGAGAAUGUGAAGACAUAUUUCAGGACAUUGUGAGUGCUACUAAAGAUGUCUGAUAGUGUUGAUAUUGAAGAGAAACCACCAGCCCCCCCCUUGAGAAUGAACAGUAGUUCCCGAGACUCUUCAUCACUGAAUCACGCCUCUAAACCGCUUCCAAUGGCUCCUGAAGAGAAAAACAAGAAAGUCCGCCUGCGCUCCAUCUUCCCCGGGGGAGACAAGACUAACAAGAAGAAGGAGAAGGAACGUCCUGAGAUAUCCCUACCCUCAGACUUUGAACACACCAUUCAUGUAGGCUUUGAUGCUGUAACAGGAGAAUUCACAGGUAUCCCAGAGCAAUGGGCACGUCUCCUACAGACCUCGAACAUCACCAAGCUGGAGCAGAAAAAGAACCCGCAGGCUGUGUUAGACGUCUUAAAGUUCUACGACUCCAAAGAGACCGUCAACAACCAGAAAUACAUGAGCUUUACCUCGGGAGACAAGUCAGCACAUGGGUACAUAGCAGCAAACACUCUGAACCGACUGCUGUCAUCUGGGCCUCCUGUCAGCCUUAGAACCUGCAGCGCAUUAUUUGACAAGGCUGCCAAAACAUCAUCGUCAGAGCCCCCUAUCGCUCCGCCUGUGUCAGAAGAGGAGGAUGAGGAAGAAGAAGAAGAGGAGGAGGAAGAGGAAGAAGAGGACGAUGACGACGAGCUGCCCCCAGUCAUCGCACCUCGGCCCGAGCACACCAAAUCUAUCUACACACGCUCUGUCAUGGACCCAAAGCCUCCCACCCCUGUGAAAGAAGUGGUGACUCCACCAGAGUCGCAGGUCCAGCCGGAUAACACGUCCAACACAAUGUAUCGCCACACUGACCGUCAGAGGAAGAAGUCCAAAAUGACAGAUGAGGAGAUUCUGGAGAGACUCAGGAGUAUUGUGAGCGUGGGGGAUCCCAAAAAGAAGUACACACGCUUCGAGAAAAUAGGACAAGGAGCGUCUGGCACUGUGUACACUGCCAUUGACAUAGCAACUGGCCAAGAGGUGGCCAUCAAGCAGAUGAACCUGCAGCAGCAGCCCAAGAAAGAGCUGAUCAUCAAUGAGAUCUUGGUGAUGAGGGAAAACAAAAACUCCAAUAUAGUGAACUACCUGGACAGUUACUUGGUAGGAGAUGAGCUAUGGGUGGUGAUGGAGUAUUUGGCCGGUGGCUCGCUGACAGAUGUAGUGACUGAGACCUGCAUGGACGAGGGCCAGAUUGCUGCAGUCUGCAGAGAGUGUCUUCAAGCCCUGGACUUCCUACACUCCAACCAGGUGAUCCAUAGAGAUAUAAAAAGUGACAACAUCCUCUUAGGGAUGGAUGGAUCCGUCAAGCUCACCGACUUUGGCUUCUGUGCCCAGAUCACUCCAGAGCAGAACAAGCGCAGCACGAUGGUGGGAACACCCUACUGGAUGGCACCAGAGGUGGUGACUCGGAAGGCUUAUGGCCCAAAAGUGGAUAUCUGGUCCCUGGGGAUCAUGGCGAUAGAGAUGGUGGAGGGAGAACCUCCCUACCUGAAUGAGAAUCCACUCAGGGCACUGUACCUGAUAGCUACCAACGGGACUCCAGAGCUGCAGAACCCAGAGAGGUUGUCAUCUGUGUUCAGAGACUUCCUUAACCGCUGUCUGGAGAUGGAUGUGGACCGCAGAGGCUCUGCCAAGGAGCUGCUCCAGCAUUCUUUCCUCAAACUGGCGAAGCCUCUAUCCAGCCUGACGCCUCUGAUUGUAGCUGCGAAGGAAGCCAUAAAGAACAGCAGUCGCUAGGGUGUGACCUGUGUCCCCACCCGAGGCUGGAGCCCUGCCUGUGAUGCGUGCGUUCAUGGGGGCAGGGGCUUGGGUGUAUGGAUGGUGGGUGACGUUACAGUGACAGCACAAGGAGGGGGGAUGGUUUUUGUGACUUACCGUGACAGCAAAAGGAUAAAUGACCCCCAGGCCUCAAAUGUAGGAUGGACAUCUGGCCUUGCAGCCUCUCGGCCCAUGCUGCUGAAAAGACCUUGCCUCCUUGUUUACUUUUCCAGCACUCUGUACAUGUAGAGCAGUCCAUCACAAGUGUGUGUGCGUAUGUGUGGGUGUGGGUGUGCGAGUGUGUACCAAAUGUGCACAUCUCUUUGUGUCAUAUGUCUUGUUUGGCAGCAGUCGCUCCCCAAACCAAGAAAAUACAGUGGAAAAAAAACGAAAAAGAACACAUGCUCAUUUUGAAGCAGAAACUUCAGGAGCGAAGAGGAGAAAGUGACAAAACUAAAGAGCCUGUGAUUUUUCCCUGCCCAGAUUUAGGCAUGGUUUUCUUUCCUCUAGUCCUUCCAUGGAGCACAAUCAGGCCACACUUACACCUGCAGUGACCAGCCGAUGUAAGAGAGUGACUCUGGGACUCUGGACCCAACCUUUGCCUGCAUGACUAAUGGCUCUGUGGAGAAACAUUGCUACUCCUCCGCAGAUUGUCACAUCUCAAGGUGGCAUAUUUAUGUGUGUGUGUGUGUGUGUGUGUGUGUGUGUGUGUGUGUGUGUGUGUGUGUGUGUGUGUGUGUGUGUGUGUGUGUGUGUGUGUGUGUGUGUGUGUGUGUGUGUGUGUGUAGGGGUACAGCUACAGGGGAAAGUCAGUAAUAAUUUCACAUGACCUAUGCCAGCUUUAAACAUCCUUCAUUAAUACACUUCAUAUCAGUGAAGAGAUAUGGGUCCCGUAUUUCAUUUUAGCCAACUUCUUUCAGACAGUCUCUUCCAUAGAGUCACUGGAGUUCAGGUUACCUGCAGUUAAUUUGCUUGUUUUCUCUCUUAAACUGGCUACAUAUUAUCAGAUUUAAUGUUGAAACCAGAACAUAUGUGAUUCAACUGUAGAUCACACAUGCAAAUAUUUAAUUUUGAAUAUAUAAUAUACAUACUUUCUUAUUAAUUAUCAAGAGAAAAGUGUUGUGAUGUAGUUGGAUACAUUUGAUUGCACUGACAUGAAGAUAUGUCGCACAUUUAAAUCAACAUUUGGUACUGAACCUUCUGUAUUCCAUGUGGCAGAAAUGAUCAGAAUGACUUCAAAACAAUGUCAGCUUCAUUAGAAAAUGCAAGCAAUGUAUCUGCAAAUUUGAGAGAUAAUUCUAACAUGCAUGCGGAUGGUACAUAAACUGUAGCAUUCAUUGUGUACAAGCAUCUCAAAUAGGAUUAUCCAUAGAUAUUCAGUAUCUGUGGCUUUCUGUACCAUCUAUCUUAAUUAAUGUCAAAGCAAAUUUUUAAUAGGUAUGACAGAAAGAAAGACAAAUACUAGAUCAGAGAUUCAACAGAAAUAUAAAUGCUUUCAUCUAAAUAUCUAUAUUUAAUGAUGGAUUGUCCUUUUUAAGGUGCUGGCACACAGUGGACCAACAUUUCAGCCUUUUAAAUAAGCUCUUUUUGACAACAGUGGCAAAUAGAAGGUCAUGUAAUUAUUUACUUUAAGUGAGUUGAAGGUCUAGUGCCACACAUUGUCACAGUUUCCCAUUGUGCCCCAAGUAUCCCUUAAACCUUAAGCAGGAAAGAUGCCCCUCGACAAAAAAAAUUGUACAUAUUGUAUAUUGUACAAACAUACAAUAUGCAUAAUGUAUAUUCAGUCCAAAAUGGUCAGUCAGAACAACAAACUGCAACAUGUCAUGGAGGGAGAAAUACAUUUUCUUCAUCUUGUAAUCCAUUACUCAAAGUAACUUUAAAGUAUAAACAAAAAUGUAGAUGAAAUAAGUUAUUCUCUAAUUUCCCAGAAGCAGGAGUGAUUACUUAUAAGCCUUGUGUGUGUCCUUUUGUCUUUUAAUGGUGUCUUAUGUGUCCUUUUUCAUAUGAUCUGUAUUGUAGUGAGUUUUUGGAUUGCGUGGCAGAUCAGAAAGGGGGAAUGUUAUCCACUGAGCGAAGUAGUGGAGUGGAUGUCAUUUUAUGAUUGUACCUUGUCCUAAUGAGCACUGAAAACAGCCACCCUAGUAGAGGUCCAUGUUGUUUGCUAACAUUCCUUCCAUAUCUGGUUAGCGUUUAAACUCAUUCCUGUACAGACAUUAUCUACUCUGUGUCUGUAUUUGGUAGCUUCGUCAGGCAUUUCCCAUGUAGCAUCCCUCUGUGUGUGAGCGUGUGUGUUUGUGCGUGUUAGGAGGCUACCUCAGUCUGCACUAGAAGAUGCCUCACUCAUGUUGUCCACCUUCAUUAUGAGGUGCAGGGUAGCUGCUCAGUCAUGUUGUACCUCCAUUGUACAGCAAAUGUACAGAAGAUGAAGGAGUGAUGUUAGACAGGAGGAUGCAACAGAAUUCAUGCAUGUAAAACAAACUAUACACUGUAUCUCAUCUUCAAAUAGGUUAAGAUUGUUAGGAUAUGUAUGUAUGUAUGUAAAUAUGCCGGGAAAACACCCCUUUUUUCAGAAUUAUGUAACUUAAGAGGACAAUAAUCAGGUUGCUCUAUGGUAUGUAUCAAUAAAUGUUUUGCACCCUGAAAAUCUAAAAAAGAGAAAAACUAACAUGCUGGCACUCCUGGAUCCGGCUUUCCUGUUUGGGCUUUAUCAGACACUCCUUCAUCUGGACAGAGAGCCGAUGAAUGCAGCUCUGUGUGCGGGCCCACACAGUCUGUCCUGAGUACCACUACUGAGUGUUAAUGUGUGUGCGUGUGCGUGUGCGUGUGUGUGCGUGUGUGUGUGUGUGGCCUGACAGGAAGCUUCACCGGCUCCUAGGACGUUUGGCCUCUGCCCCCAUGUACAGGUCUGUGAACUAUGAGCACAAAGGUGAAUUUCGGGACAAGAGACACCGCUGAUGUGCCCCUUUUUCUGUGGUUGCUCCUGUACAUUCCUAUCUUCUGAAUGUGUAAACCUGUACACGUGGUGUGAAAAUUCCUCUAUUAAUGUGUAUCAAGAGAAUGGAACAAAGACAAAAAAUGUUACUUUUUAAAUUAUUAUCAUAUUAUUAUUAUUAUUACUCUUAUUAUUGUCUAGCUUUGUAAAACUGCUGAUCCAUCUGGCAUACCUCAGCAGGCCUUUCCCCAUCUUUGAAAAAGGACAAAUGAGU